AUGGAGGGCGCCAAAUGGGUUAGAGGGAAAUCUGUGGAGGGAGGAUUUAACUGGAAGCUGGGCCUCCGAUCUAUGAAGUUUUUUGAUAUUACACCAGUGGAAGAUGAACUCUCACAACAGAGCUCUCUACGGUUUGCUCUCAACCUGCUGGAUUUCCGCCGACCACCUCAACACCUGCACCUUUUCCCGAUGAGCUCUUUUCAUACUAUCAAAGGGACACGGGCCUGGUAUACUUUGAGCUUUGUUCCCAUUUCCGCGAAGAAAACAUCCGUGCGAUACGAUCUAUAUACUCGUGGAGAUGAAUGUUCGCAUUCCGAUAUGCUUACCGAGAGGUUUGACAGUCUAUUAGUCAGGUUUAAUCAGGCGCUAGAAGAGUAUCAAGAGGGUGCCUUCAUAAGGGCUUUGGUGUCCAUGAGCUCGGAUGUCGAGUUGGACGGUAUAGACAUGCAAAGAACUAUUCUGGAACGCCUUCAGGCGCAUGUAAAGCUGGAGAAAUCUCUCGGCGCCGAAGUAUUUCCAGCCAUGCGGAAAGGUCGAAACAACGCCAGGUUUGAACAGGCUGAGCAGCGUGAGUUUUUCAGCAACCGCAAUACUGCUCUCUGA